AUGGUGGAAUUCUUUGUCUUCGAGCUCGUCAACCGUCUUGAAAUCUUGGAGAAUUCUUCGUUUUCUUUCACUAUUGGCGCAGUUUUCCGGCUAAAAGCCGCAACUAGACAAUCCACUUUUGAUCCGGCCAUGGUCAUCGCAGUUCCCGGCGCACUCGACCAUCAAGACUGGGGCGUAAAUGUUGACACGUUGAUGAGCCACGGUCCUCAGCGCCACUGUUUCAGGAUCGUCAUGGGACAAGCAGGAGCACUUGCCGUUUAUCAUGGCAAGGAUAGCAACCUCUGGCUGUGCGGUCAUUCCCUCGGGGCGGCUGUUGCCACACUUGUAGGGGAGCAGAUGACCAUGAAGGGGGGUAUAGCAGGGCAGCUGGUUGGUGGGAUCAAUGCUGGUAAGGUUGGCCAUGUUGCCGGUGAUAUGGCCGUUCAUGCAGAGAGUAUCCAUGACAAGGACAAGGAGAAGCAGUGGCAGAUGCAAUGCUUUGACAAUCUGAACAAAUCGGAUCCUCGUGUAUACGUGAACCCGAAGGACUGGCUUUGUAAGCGUUACAUAAAGUACUUCGGGAUAAAGAUGAAAGGGUCUCCAUAG